AUGAGUGUGCGACAAGGCCAAGGGUUCCAACAGGGCCAGCCCGAGCGGCCCAUCGACGACGACUCGGACGUUGAGGAGGAGGCGCUCGCCAACGACUACCGCGAGCAGGUGGGCUACGAGAAUGGCAUGGACGACUAUGCCCUCGACCGGGCACAAUCGCUUGGAGGUGGCACACAAGACUUGGGGGCUCAGUUGCAGGCAGCGGCGACACCACUCGAAUACGGCGCAUCGAUCGAGAACAAGAUCCAGAGCUACGACAGCUACUGUAAUCUUUUCCACUUCAUCCUGAACAGCGACGGACCGGUGGAUAUCGAGGUGCCUUCGUACUACUGGGCAUGGGAUGUCAUCGACGAAUUCAUCUACCAAUUCAACUCCUUCUGCGCCUUCCGCCAAAAAGCUGCUUUCCAACCACCAAACUCGAACAUCAGCGAAGACGAAGUCGCCGUACUUCGCGAGAAUCCGAACACUUGGGGUUGCUACUCAGUCCUCAACGUCCUUUACUCGCUCAUCCAGAGGUCACAAAUCAGCGAGCAACUAGCAGCGCGGAAGAGGGGUGAAGAUCCGGCUCCCUACGCUGGCGAAUAUGGCAACAGAAGUCUGUACCAGAUGCUGGGAUACUUCUCCAUCAUCGGUCUGCUACGAGUACACUGCUUGUUGGGUGACUUCAGCCUCGCCCUCAAGACCCUCGACGACAUCGAGCUCAACAAGAAGGCCAUGUUCGCCCGUGUCAUGGCCGCCAACUUUACGACCUACUACUACAUUGGCUUUUCGUACAUGAUGAUGCACCGCUACGCCGAUGCCCUGCGUGCCUUCAACCAUAUUCUCAUCUACGUCUCCCGCACCAAGAACUUCCAGAAGGGCGCGCAAUACGACAGCAUCAGCAAGAAGAACGACCAGAUGUACGCUCUUGUAGCCAUCUGUGUCGCCUUCUACCCCACUCGCCUCGACGACACCAUCCAUACUGCUCUGCGUGAGAAGUACGGCGAGCAGCUCACACGCAUGCAACGUGGCGGACCAGAAGCACUCCCUAUCUUUGAGGAGCUCUUCCGCACCGCCUGCCCGAAAUUCAUCUCCCCAACUCCACCCGACUUCGACAACCCACACCUCAACCCCGACCCGAUCGAGCAUCACCUCACCAUCUUCAUGAACGAAGUCAAGACCAACAUGUUCUCGCCCACCGUGCGCAGCUACCUCAAGCUCUACACCACCAUGGACUUGACGAAGCUGGCAGGUUUCCUCGAAGUCGAUGCGGAUACUCUCCGCAGCUGGCUUCUUGUCAACAAGCAGCGCAGCCGCCAAGUCAGACACUCCGAGGGCGGUCUUCUGGAGGGUGACGUGGUGAACUCGAACGAUCUCGACUACGCCAUGGAGGGUGAUUUGAUUCACGUAUCCGAGACGAAGACUGGCCGGAGGUUGGUCGAUUGGUACCUACGAAACUUGGCGAGGACGUAUUAG